AUGGAGCGGAAUCAAUUAUCCUGUGAUCAUUGCGGAGAGACGUUUCAGCGCCGUGAGCACCGUGAUCGACACGUGCUACGACACACAGGCCUCAAACCCUUUCAGUGCAACAUCUGCUCCAAGUCCUUCUCGCGCAGUGACACUCUUGCUCGUCAUCGAGUUUUACAUGGUAAUCAGCCUGGAUCGACUAGAACACGUCGUCGUCGUCGCGGCCAAGCUUGUUACUCUUGUUCGAGGUCGAAGCAGAGCUGUGAUGGAGGUCAUCCUUGUUCGCGAUGCGAGACUCGCAACUCAGAGUGCAUUUAUCCUGAGAGAGCGCUAAGUGCACGACGUGAUGAUGGUGAGGCUAUAAUCGUGGGAGAGCCAUCUCAAGGCGAAGACAUCGCUACUUUAUCGCCCCUCGCAGCUCAAGGCGCAGACUUCCAGGACGAAGCUUUUAUACCUGGUGACCUUCAUGGCACUUCAGAAGAAUGGAAUAAUCCCUCUUCUAUCCCCUCUGAUACGAGUGGGAUGCCGACAAUAGCAUCAAGCACCAUGUACACAACGGUUCCAGACACGUCUAGCUGGCCUAAUGUACCAACAUUGCCCGAUACCUUUGUUCUCAACGGAGAUUUUGGCAGCCUUGGGACCAUCACAGGUAACUCAUGGAUGCCUUGGAAUUCGUCAAUGGCCCAAUUGUCCUUUCCAUGGUUCAUGGAUGAAUUGGAGUUGCCACUUGAUCCACCCAAUAUGUCACAGCCUCAUGAAGAUGCAGUGCAUGCGACCUCGAUUCAAGCAGGGCAGGCUUAUUUAAGUCCGGAAAAUAUAUGUUCUUCGCACACGCAGCCAUGCCACCAGUUCCCGGAACCAGAGGCUAUUGGUCUGCAAAUGGCUGGGGCUGAAGUCUUUGGGCAUAUCCAUGAGAUACCUCAAGAUGCUGUAGAGGGGUUGAAUACCUUCUAUAACACACAGCGGCGAGACCCAACACCAGUACCCAUUCCCCAGGAUAUCCUACACGCAUUUGUAGAACUGUACUUUGAGUACUUUGACUGUCAGUUCCCAUUCUUGCACCCAUCUCGCAUGGAGGACCCAGAUCUCCCAUGGAUAUUGUUAUUAGCUGUCGCAGCAGUCGGAAGUCAUUACUCGGAGAUCAAAGGUGCAGAUGAGUAUAACUCCGCGUUAUCUAACCUCCUAGCCCGAGCUGUUGAGCUCCCUGCAUAUGACAACAUGUUGAAUGCCGAAGUGAUAACUGUGCAGUGUGUCUUUCUAUUACAUGUUCUAUGGCUAUUUUCAGGCUCCCACAGAGAUAAGAUUGUUCUACAGCAUAAGCGAAGCAGCCUGGCGACCAUGUGCUGUGACCUCAUUAGCAAAGCCGACAAACGCAGACACUCGAGUCGGGAUAAGCUUAACGACGAAGUAGCAUGGCAAAACUGGAUUGCCAAGGAGAGUGUACUACGUCUUGUCACUUGUGCUCGUGUGUUGGAGUGUUUGAGCCAUAUCUUCCUAGGUACCCCGCUGGUAUUCAACCUCCGGGAGGCGACAAGACAGUUGCCAUGUACUGAAAAGCUAUGGCGGUGUCAAAAUGCUUCAGAGUGGAAGUCGCGACACGAAGACUGUCCAGGUAUCGCGAAUAUCACCGCGAGACACCAACGUAAGCCAGAUACCUUUGCGGCCAAGGUCAUUCUUCUCGAGCUAUACGUCGAAGACAGGAACUACUACCGCCAACUACGAACUUCGCAACUCCUACACUCUUCAUUUGAAUCGUACUUGAACUCUUCAGCAAGUCGUGAUACUCAACAGGCGCCGAACCAUUCACUUCCCAGACCAGAUCUCAGUAGGAGCGAAAAUGCUCUUCUAGACACAACGAUCGAUGGAUUUACUCUGAAGAACAUGCCAAGCCUCGGGGAUCUUACAGACACUGUUUUCCAUGUGAUUGCGAUUCUCAAUUUGAUUCCGCUCGAGACUUUACAUUCAGCUACGGGCUGGGAGACGAACAAAGAGCAGAUGAAGAAGUCCAAAACGCAUCUCAAUGACUUUUUCAAAAAUAACGAUACCACGGCGCGAAAGGGCUUAUGGCAUGCUGUCUGUAUCUUUAAAAUAACCCGGAGUUCUCGUCGCCUUGCGUGCUAUGAUGCGCUCAGCCUCACGGUGGCGAUGGGCUACAUAUACUGCUACAGUGAGACACGUACAUCAUUAGCACCAACUUCAGCCCGUCCGCUAAUUACGCGUCUCGAUCGAUUGCAAGACAGAGAGGCUAUUGAACGAUGGAUCGAGAAUGGCGGGGACAAUGUCGUUCACUUGACUGGCGUUGGACUACUAGAUGGCUCUGACCACUGCGUUCGUUUCCUUCUAGAUUUGGAGAGGACACUGGUGUCGCAGAUUGCAUGGCGUGGAUUCUGUCGUGCUUUUGCUAGCAGUUUCGCCCAAUUGAGACGUGGCGAGACACCGACGAAGAGCUCGAGAGAGUACAAUAAUGAUGAAUGA